CCCACUAACCAAUGUCCGGAAAUGGUGAUGGCACAGUUACAAGUCCCUUUGCGGGAUCUCUGCCCACAGUUGAAGUUCUGCCCGAACACCCAAAGUAUGUGUGUACCCUGUCUGCUGAGCUUAUUGCCAAGGCACGUGAAGAACUGCAGGAAAAACCGGAGUGGCGACUUCGAGAUGUGCAGGCUCUCCGAGACAUGGUGUGCAAAGACUAUCCCAACCUUGGGACGUGUCUAGAUGAUGCUUUCUUGCUUCGGUUCCUUAGAGCCAGAAAAUUUGAUUAUGACCGGGCGCUUCAGCUUCUUGUGAACUACCACCGCUGUAGGCGCAGCUGGCCUGAAGUCUUUACUAACCUGAGACCGUCUGCUAUAAAGCCUGUGUUAGAAUCUGGGUUUGUCACUGUGCUUCCUCACUUAGACUCUGAAGGACGUCAUGUAGUCUGCAUUCGCCCAGACAGAUGGACGCCAAGUAACUACCCAAUUACUGAGAACAUCCGUGCCAUUUACUUAACUCUGGAAAAGCUCAUUCAGUCCGAAGAGACUCAGGUGAAUGGAAUUGUGAUCCUUGCAGACUACAAAGGAGUCAGCUUAUCUAAGGCUUCCCAUUUUGGUCCCUUCAUAGCCAAAAAGGUGAUUGGAAUUCUUCAGGAUGGCUUUCCUAUUAGAAUAAAAGCUGUCAACAUAAUAAAUGAACCUCGUAUAUUCAAGGGCAUUUUUGCAAUCAUCAAACCUUUUCUGAAAGAGAAAAUAGCAAAUCGGUUUUUUCUUCAUGGGUCAGACGUGAGCUCUCUCCAUCACAACCUCCCACCCAGGAUCCUCCCUGAAGAGUAUGGGGGCACGGCAGGGAGCCUGGACAUCUCCUCCUGGAAUGACCUGCUGCUGGCCUCGGAGGGUGACUUCCUGUAUGAUGCCUCCCAGCUGGCCCCCUCCAGCGACCCUUCGCCUGAUGCCCCAUUAAUGAGCGCAGAGGUUGACGAGAAGCAGUGCGACGACUCCUUGCGGAGCUUGAAAACACAGCUCUAUUACUGCUAUUAAAUGGGC